CGUCACGUCAGGGGGCGCGGGGUGGGAGGUCAGGGCGCGGCGGGGCGGUGGCGGCUGCCGGCGGAGCGAAGAGGAGCGAGGAGGGGAAGGGAAGAGAAGGAGGGGAGGGCAGGCGGCGGCCGGCGGGCAUGGAGCUGGGCGCGGUGCUGGAGGCUGUGGAGGGGCGCGGCGACGGCGGUGCCGAGGCGGUGGAGCGGGUCCUGGCGCGGUAUAACGAGGAGAACCGGACCAUUUUCAGAUUUGAUCCAUCAGAUGAAGACAAAAGAAAGAAACUGUGUGAGGGAAUUCUAAACAUCCUUGAGAAAGACACCAAAACUUCAUGUCAAGUUGCCUGCCUGGAGGCCCUACGAAUUCUUUCCAGGGACAAGAAGGUAUUAGUGCCUGUAACCACGAAGAGGAACAUGCAGAUCCUCAUGAGGCUGGCAAAGCUGGACACUGUGGAAGAUCCUUUGGAGAGACCGUCUGAAUUUCCUGUUAUAGUGGAAGCUUUAAAAUGCCUCUGUAACAUAAUUUUUAAUAGCACUGUUGCCCAGAAGCUCAGUUUGGAACUGAAUCUCGCAGCUAUGCUCUGUAAUCUUCUGGAAAAAUGCAAGGACCAGCAGUUGGUUGAUGACAUUAAGUGUUUUGAUUUGCGUCUCCUCUUCCUCUUGUCACUUCUGCACACAGACAUUAGAUCGCAGUUGCGUAAGGAACUACAAGGGGUUCAAGUUUUAACUCAGGCUUUGGAAAGUUCCCUGAGUGUAAGGUGGACAGAAGAAUAUAAAGCAGUAGAAGAUCGUGACAGACCUCCUCUAUCUUUGCAAGAGACAGAUUGUGCCAUUGAGGCACUAAAGGCUCUUUUUAAUGUAACACUUGACAGUUGGAAUGUCCACAGUGAGAAUGAAUCUCGUCAAUUUCGUUACAUGGCUGCCAUCCUUCGACACUGCUUAUUAACCACGGGCCCUACUGAAGACAAAACAGAAGAGCUGCACAGCAAUGCAAUCAAUCUCUUAAGCAAUGUUCCUGUUUCUUGCUUGGAUGUUCUUAUUAGUCCAUCAUCUCAAGAGGAAACAGAUAUAAAAUACAAUGAUAUGAAUAUGGGAGCAAUUCAAAUUCUACUGGAUUUCAUGGAAAAGAGAAUAGACAAGGGAAGCAGCUAUAGAGAAGGUCUCACUCCAGUUCUCAGUUUAUUAACUGAAUGCUGCCGAACUCAUAGGAAUAUCAGGAAGUUUAUAAAAGCUCAGGUGCUGCCUCCAUUAAGGGAUGUAUCAAAUCGUCCAGAAGUUGGCACAACAGUGAGGAACAAGCUUGUGCGCCUCAUGACACACGUUGAUCUUGGAGUAAAGCAAAUUGCAGCAGAAUUUCUUUUUGUUCUUUGUAAAGAGAGAGUUGACAGCUUGUUAAAAUACACAGGCUAUGGUAAUGCAGCAGGAUUGCUGGCAGCAAGGGGUCUGCUAGCAGGAGGAAGAGGAAAUCAUUGGUACUCAGAUGAUGAAGAUACAGAUACAGAAGAAUACAAAUCUGCAAAGCCAAACAUUAACCUUAUCACUGGUCAUUUAGAAGAACCAAUGCCCAAUCCCAUGGAUGAAAUGACAGAAGAACAAAAGGAGUAUGAAGCCAUGAAGCUUGUCAACAUGUUUGAUAAACUUUCCAGAGAUGAGCUUAUCAAACCAAUGGGAGUGAGGCCGGAUGGCACAAUGGCUCCUUUGGAAGAAGCAGUCAGCCAGUACCAUACCAACAAGCAAGACAGUUCAGAUUCUGACUAAAGCAUCAUCACCUGCUUCACUCUCGAUUCUCCUCUAAUCCUCACUUCUCCCUAGAGCCACGACAUCCUUUAUCUAAGCAUUUUAUCCUCACGUUAGCCAGCAUCACUUUUAACUAUUCUUUUAUUGGGCUAUGAAAAUCGCGGGUCCGGUGGUGUAAUGUCUGAAUUUUUAUUAUGUCUGUUUAAAGAACGUUUAGUUUAUGAUCUUUAUUAAUUUAAAAGUAAGUGUAAAAUAAAAUAUAAACACUUCAAUUUUCCGGAAUCCUGUUUCCUGAACUCUGUAGGUUUUUCCAUGCUUGAUAUUUUUUUAUUGUCUUGCCAGUCUCUCCCUUUAUAUAAUUUUAAGGAAAGAAGUGUGUUUGCUUAAUGGCAUUAGGAGCAAAGGGUGUUUAUACUUAGAAUUCUGAUUUUGCUGCUUUAAACUGGCAUUCCACAGUGAUUUCAGAGCUACCCUUUAAAAAAUGUCAUUGGAUUUCUUACACAGAAGUGUGUGGAUUCUUAAGAUUUGACAUCACUGACUGCUGCUAAAAUUACCUUUAAAUUGGGAACAAGAUCGUGUACGUUGUGUGUCCUACUUCUGCUCCCACUCCCUUUUAUGACUACACAAAUAUGUCCCACUCCUCUGUCUCUGGUUAAGUAAAACUGUCCCUGUUCAAAACAGCAUCCAAGUAUCUACAUUUAAAUGUUGCCAUGAAUGGGAGUGGACUGAAGUGCAUGUGCAAGUGUUCUACUGAACUGGGCCCUGCUUUAGGAGGUUACCUAUUAUGCCUCACUUGAAGGGAAGUCGGACUAAUCAACCAAGAAAUAUUUCCUUUUAGGGAGACUAGGAAGUGAAGGGAAGGUGGGAAGGAGAAGAAAGUGUCACUUUCAACUCUGUAAUCUUUAAAAACAAAGAUUAAAAUCUGCUGCACCA